AUGACAACAAUAGAAUCACCACCAACAGAAAUCAAAAGACCUCUCAUGGUAUCAAGAUCUCCUUCUUCAUCAAUAUCAAUAACCACAUCAACUAUUAUACCAUUAUCUUCAAACACAAACAAUGAUAAUUGGGUCAAUAUGGAUUUGGAUAAUUAUGAUAAAUCAUCGAGUUCAAUCAUAUACAAUACUAGUACUGAGUUGGAGAAUUUGGAAAAAUUUAAUAGUUCGAUAAACUCAUCUUUGAAUUCUGUCGAUCAUGGGGAGGAAAAUUUGAGAACUGUGAAAUUGAACUCCGUUAAGGAUGUUUUAUCAAACUUGAGUAAUGAAUCUGGAACAAUUGAUGAUAAACUAAAAAAUUUAAAAAAAUUGUCAACUACAGUACAAGAGAUCUCACAAAAUGUUCAAUAUAAUAAUAUAAUUAAUAAUGAUAUGAGGAUUAAAAUAUGGAGUGAAUUCUUAAAUUUAUCAAAUACCACUAAUGCUUCAUUAGAAACAAAUUCAUCAAUUACAUCAUCUUCAUCAAUGAAACCAAAAAACCCCACCGACAUUACACCAUCAUCAAAUUCAGUACUAUCAACACCAACAACAUUAAACAAUGGUAGAUUUUCACCACAAUUAUUUUUGGAAAAUUUAAAUUCAAUUGAUUUACCACCUCAUAAAGAUGAAGAACAAGUUAAAUUAGAUAUACAAAGAUCAUUUACUAUAUUAUCUCAUAUUCAACAACAAACUAUUCCAUCUUCAUCACUGUCAUCUAUACAUUUAAUUAAUAACUCAUUAAAUCAUAACAACAAUAAUAAUAGUCAAUUUGGGAAUGUGGAGACUAUGGAAAAGGGUUCUUCAUUUGCUACAAUUUUCAGUUCUUCUGAUAUAAAAAACUUGAAAAAAAUAUUAUUAAAUUUAAUUAUUAAAAUAUUGAGAAAGUACCCGAAUUUAGGUUAUUAUCAAGGAUAUCAUGAUAUUGCAUCUAUUGUAUUAUUAAUAUGCUAUAACAACAACCACAACAGACAGGAUUCCACUAACGGGAAAAUAGAAUCACCAUCUACAUCUACUUCUUCAUCAAUUGAAGAUAAUAUAGAUCAAGAAUUAGCUUUCAAAAUAUUAGAAAAAUUAACAAUAUAUCAUUUAAGAGAUUUUAUGAUAUCUGAUAUAAACUUAUCAGUAAAUCAUUUAAGAAAUAUUCCAACUAUACUAGAGCUAUGCGAUAAACAGCUUUUUGAAUUAGUUAAACAAACAUCACAAUCUUACCACUUAAUUCACGGUGAAAAAUUUUAUGAUUACAAAUUUUAUCAAGGGUUAUCUUCAAUUUUAACUUUAUAUUCUCAUGAUAUAACUAAUUUAAAUCAUAUUCUAACUAUUUGGGAUUUUACACUAAGUUAUAAUUCAGUACUAAUAAAUAGUUACAUAUAUGCAUCCUCAUUGAUAAUAUUCAAAUCCAAAAUAUGGGAUUUUUUACAAUUGGAUUCCGAACAGUUGGAAUUUAAUGAUAUUGAUCAAGAUCUUGUACAUACGACAUUAUCACCUGCUAAUUUAUUUGAUGGUUUAAAUGAUGAAGAAAUAAGUCAAAUAUUACAAAAGACUAAAGAGUUAGUAGAGAAAUAUCCGAUUGACAAUACAUCUAACUGGAAGAAAUUAUUCAACUCCUACAAUUUACAUUCAGUUUUAAAUAAUACAUCAAAUAUAAAAUCAGAUACAAUAACAAUAGAAACGCAAUACGGGAAACUACUCAACUCAAAUAAUCAUGAAUUAACUGAUCUAAUCCAUUUACAAGAUGAAGAGAUCAAUAAACAAACAAUAGAAGAAUUACAAGAACAACAACAAUUAAUAGAAGAAGAAGAAGAACUACACAAUCUAAAGAGAUCAUCAACUAAUGAAUCAGAAGAUCUUGACGAAGACUUAGACGAAGAUUCACAUUUGAAUUCUUUAAGUUCUUCCUUAACUUUAAAUACAUCAUCAUCAAUCCACAAACUCAAAUCUUCAAAAUUUUUCCAAAAAUUAUUUAAAUCAACUUCAAUUACAUCAUCAGAUGAAGAUGAAGAUAAUGAUGAUAAAGUCAUAUCAACUAACAAAGCUUCGCAUAAUUGGUCCUAUUCCCCCUACUCAAUCAUUCAAAGACUUUCAUCAAUAAACAAAUUUUACAAAUUCGGUAUAGCUAUAGGUAUAAUUGGAUUCAUACUACAUUUAAUUAUUAAUAAUAAGAAUUUUUAUCAAAUUUAUAAGGAAAACCUACUGGAUUUUUUCACAAAUUUUCAUUUUGUUGAAAUUGGUCAAAAUCUUAUUUCCAAGAGUUUUAAACAAUCUAGUAGUGUUUUCCAAAUUGGUUCUGGUUCUUUACGAAACUCAAUAUUUGGAUUUGAGAUUUAA